CCCCCUCUUCCGCAAGUCGAGCAACAUCAAGAGUGACGUGCUCGGAUUAAUGUAAGAUUUUGUUUUCUCUCUUGACAGAUUGACCAUCAUUUAGCCGCAAGCCAGGUUUGCGAAACCGAACAAAAUUACGUCGAAAAGAAGGAAUCGUCAAUGGUUCGUCACCGACACAAUACGCCUUGCUUGCUCUCACUAGGAAAUUUCCGUCCUUUUACCGUAAAGGCCAGCGUGGAGGCCCACCCGGAAUAAUUAGAUGCUCCUGCUGUGCGUGGCGUGAAGCCAGUAGUGGUCAGAAACUUGCUGCCGUGUUUAAAAGUUUCUCCCGGUGGUGGUCACCUUGGCGUUCGAGUGACACAACCGGGGAAGAUGGCGCGGCGCUACAACCGAGCCACGUCCGGUUUGAGCGAAGAAUUGAACAAAUACCCCCGACACGUCGCCGUGCUCUGCCUGACGUUUUGGCUGCUCCUGCUGUCCUCGGCGGCGGAGGCCGGACUGUACACGGGCUCCGAUCAAAUCGUCGCGCUCUCCCCGGACAAUGUCAAAUCUGUUUUGGUCAACUCCAGCUCGGCUAUCGUGGUGGAGUUCUACGCGUCGUGGUGUGGACACUGCAUCUCCUUCUCGCCCGUAUAUAAACGACUGGCGAGAGACAUUAAAGAGUGGAAGCCUGCUGUUGACCUGGCAGCCAUUGACUGUGCUGAUGAGAAUAAUAGGAAGGUCUGCAUAACCUUCGGUAUCAGAGGAUAUCCAACUUUAAAGUUCUUUCAUGCCUACAGCCGAGAGGAUUCUGCUGGACAGACUUUUAAAGGUUUGCCCCAUGAUGUCCAAGCUCUCCGUCACCACAUCAUAGAUCUAAUGGAAAAACACCAAGACCCAUGGCCUCCAGCCUGCCCACCACUGGAGCCCACCAGCCAAGCCGAAAUCGACAUCUUCUCGGAGACCAACAACAUACGACACCUUGCUCUGAUCUUUGAAGAUGUGGGCUCCUACAUUGGCAGAGAGGUUACCUUGGACUUGUUGCAGUUUGAAAACGUUGCAGUGCGUAGGGUCCUCAGCACUGAAGAAGACCUUGUGACCAAAAUGGGGGUGACUGAGUUCCCAUCCUGCUACAUUUAUUAUCCUGGAGGCAACUUCACCCGACUCAAAGUCAACAUUGAGGCCCGUACUUUCUACUCCUACGCCCUUCAGGGGCUUCCAGGGGUGGUGCGUUCAGGGAAGUCCCUGCCGGCCACCACAUAUCCCAUCAGCAAACACACAGAGGACCUCUGGAGACUUUUCAACAGGUCCAGGUUGUACAUGGCCGACCUGGAGUCGACGCUGCACUACUCGUUGCGGGUGGAGCUGACCUCUCAUCCUAUCAUCACAGGAGAGGCGCUGACUUCUCUCAGAAAGUACAUCGCAGUCUUGGCAAAGUACUUCCCAGGCCGUCCCAUGCUGAUGAACCUGUUGAAGUCCCUUAGUUCAUGGCUACAAGACCAGACUGGUGACCAAGUUUCAUAUCAAGCGUUCAGUGAGAUCCUAGAAAAUUCUGCACAGGCUCCAGAUGCUGCCUUGCCCGAGGGGGUGAGGUGGGUGGGUUGCCAGGGGUCACAACCCCACCUCAGACGUUAUCCUUGUGGCGUGUGGACUCUCUUCCACCUUCUUACAGUCCAGGCCAAGACGUUUGGCGGCUCAGAUCCCAUGGAGGUGCUAAGCGCAAUGACAGGCUACAUCCGCAACUUCUUUGGCUGCAGGCCGUGCGCCGAGCACUUUGAGAGCAUGGCAGAGGAGAGCAUGAUGCAGGUGAACACCUUUACUGACGCCAUCCUCUGGCUUUGGUCCCGGCACAAUCGUGUCAACAACAGAAUAGCAGGUGCUUUGAGCGAGGACCCCAACUUCCCAAAGAUCCAAUGGCCACCACCUGACCUGUGUACAGCUUGUCACACAGUGAAGGGCAACGGGGACCACAGGUGGAACAACGAGCAGGUUCUGCCCUUCCUUCAGAACUACUACUCUGCCGAGCGGAUCCUCACAGACUACCUGGAAGACGAAAGUGAGGUUCUGGCCAAGCAGAAGGUUAAACGUGUCAGCCUGCAGCAAAUUUUAGAGGCUCAGAAGCGUAUUGAAAGAGAAGCCAGAGAGGUCGUGAGCCCUCCCAAUCUUCCUCCUCCAACACCAGCUAUUGUGGAAGAGGAGGAGGAGGAGGAAGCGGUGGCAGAUGAAGAGGAGGAAGGUGUGAGCGAUGGAGCAGCGGCAGCAGCGGCCCAGAUGGAAGGCAAGACCUUUGAACCGACACCCUGGGCCCGAGCGGAAACCAAGCGGCAGAACGUCAGGAGGCCGAGCAUCGUGGGGAUGAAGAUGCGAGACGUGCAGGAGGACAUCGUGGACCUGGACUCGUUUGUCGACCAGCGCUACAAGGCCAAAGCCGUGCAGGUGGCCACCUCCAGCCGAGUCAAACAACGCACCCUGCAGAGGAACCGGGAGGAGCGAGACUCCGGGCCCGUCUUCGGGCUCGGCGUGGCGGGACCGGAGCCGGACUUCGGUUCCGACGAGGCGAUGCGUGUGCAGAAGCGAGAACUGUCGGCCCGCUUCGGCAGGGACGCCGGCUCGGGCAAGAGAGGCAGCUGGAUGUCCUUGCUGAGCGUGGGCUUCUCCAAAGCGGACAUCAGUCUGUGCGUCAUCCUCUACGUCCUGUCCUCCAUGUGCCUGCUCGCCAUGUACAUCUUCUUCAAAACCCGCCUCCGUCUGCGGCGGGUCAAAGUAUCACUGCCCUGAUCCAAAGUGUGGUCUGGCCACAUCACAGGCAAGCGUAAGGAGAUGUGUCCAGAUUAGCCCGGCCCACUUAACUGCUUCCUACUGGAGACCACACACACACCACUUCCCUGCUGGUCUGGUUCCGUGCUUUAAGGUGCUUGUGGUGCCGGCCACUGGUUUGAGAACAUUUCAGCAAACGCCCUAUUGUGGAAGCUUUGUGCAUAUGGAUGUUUAUUUUCAUCAGUGGAACUGGUGUGAGUGAAGGAUAACCUUUUUUUGAUUCUGCCAUGAAGGACAUUCGAACAAUAUUUGCAGUCAAUGGAACGACUACAACUAACUUCUCUACUGUGAUAUUACUUAUUUUGUCCAAUUCUUCUUAGUUUUGGAAGCAUUUUAUUUCAGGUUUUUGGCGGAAGACUCCCACUUUGAGUUUCACUUUGUAUGUUAGAGAGGCUCACCAGCCACAGCAUUAGGUACACCAGUACAAUCUAAUACAGUUUCCCAUCUCUUAUUUAGCCAAGGCACAUAUCGUACAAAAAUCUCACAGCAUACCACCAAACAAAAAUGUUAGGAAAAGUAUGUCCAGUGUAUCGGGACCGAGCUUUGCCGUGAAUUGCGAAAAUCAGUGAGUAAAUGAUGCCCUUCCCACCGCAAAAAUGGUUUAUAAUUGCCAAUAGCUGCUUGAAAAUGGUGGCCAAACACUACUUUUGUCAAAACAAAACUCAACUCACUUCAGUGUAGUUCCUUGACAUCAAGAUGGCGGCAAAAUACUGAGCACAAACACAGCGAAUAGUGACUUUGUCAGCGAAUAACAGAUGAAAGGUUCUCAAAAAAUCCACGCAAAUAUGUGCAUUUGCAAAUGCCAAACCGUGAAUAUGCAGGGAUUCACUGUAUACUGAAAAAACAUCUCAAUUGACUCUCAUAUUUACGUCCUCAGUAUGAAAUCCGAGCCUUUAGUUGAGCACAAAGCUAUUAUUCUGUUGUGUUUCUGGCAACAGGUGAAUAUACAGGUUGAUUGUACCUUCUGCCAUCUCGUGAACAAGCAAGUCAUUGUUCUGCCUGUCACUGCUGCCGCUGGCAUAGAUAGAUGGACAAAGAUAAACUAUUUUGGGUCAAGAAAAAAAGUAUUCGACCAGUUAAGUAAAAGUGUAUAAUUCCCCGCAGCACACCUGAUGAUCUCUCACAGCACACUAAAGCAGUAAUGAGAUGCAUAAUGCUAACUAUAUCAAAAUUCCCCUUUUUAAAUUUGUAAACUCGCCUCUCAUGAGAGCAACUCCUCAGAUUGUGCCAGCGUACCUAACGAAGUGUCCAGUGUGUGUUUUUGUUUGAAUCCUAAAAACCUCACCGCUGUUCUUCAAUUAGAAAAUUGACAUCCAGUCAACGGGAGAUUAUUAUUAUUAUUUUCUUUUUUCUUUUUUUUUUUUUUUUUUUAUUCCGUAACUAAAAAGUAUUUCAUACUGUUACACUUGAAUCAUAAACAGCUGAGGCCAUUAGCCACUUGUCUCACAGCUCCCGGGCUACACGCAUCACAGUGCUGAGUCGUCAAGACAGAUGCUGCGUUCCAUCAAGUGUGCACGGUGACUAACGUUCUCAUCGAAAACGUACGCGUUGAUUUUGGAAAGGAGGAUCACUUUUUUUUUUUUUUCCAUCCUUUUUUUUUCUGGCCAGCUCAUUUUGAAUGUGACGAGAGGUUAAACAUCUGUAUUGUCCGUGACAUUAAAAAGUGUGGCCAGAAUUUGUCA